AUGGGCUUCAUCGCCACAGAGGAACAGAAACAGCCAUGGAAGAACUUUGCCCAGACCGGGGGAAGUAAUGCCUCUUACGAGAAGCAUCAGCUCUACCUCCAGACAUCCGGAGGCAGACCCUGGAAUGAGUGGUUGAAGGAGUACAAGGGGAUUGUCGCUGCUCCGAGGACUCCGGCACCGCCUCCUGUCUCCGAUGACUAAUCAACGUUGAGUGAAAGGGGGUUAAG